AUGGUGGAAGUCUCCCUGAAAGAGCAGGAGGCCUAUCCUGUGCAUGUUGUGCGGUUCAUGCUUGCUGGAAAGACGUUCCCCGUCGCUGUAGAUGAGAUGAUGCCAGUGUGGGAAGGCACCAUGAUGCCGAAGUAUGCAACACUUCGCAAAGAUCAGCACUCGUGGCCCUUGAUCUUCGAGAAGGCGUUUGCCAAGCUAUUUGGCAGCUUCAGGUCCAUAGCGAGUGGACAGGGCAGCGAAGCUUUCAAAGCCAUUGUCCAAGCACCCGUUGACUACGUCGCGCACGCAAACAACUUUCUUGUCAACCAUGACAAAGUGUGGGACGAGCUGCUUGAGGCAGCCCAGCAAGGACACCCUAUGGUGGCCUCCAGCCAGGCGGAUACACAUGGCAUCGCGGAUCAUCAUGCUUAUGCAGUCUUGAAUGUCUCAACGAUGGAGGUGAACGGGAAGCAGGAAAGGACAAUUCGUCUCUUCAACCCAUGGCAUCACAGCACGUACCGUGGCAAGGUUCCGAAUCCAGGUGCGGCCGCCACGGGAGACUUCCGCAUGUUGUUGGAGGAGUAUGUUGAGUCCUUCAGCCACACGGCGGUUGCCAAGGUGAAGCCGGGCUAUGUGAUGUCCUACACAAUCCUUUCAAAGGGUACUGACAGGCUGCUAAAGCGAGUCCAGUUUGAGGCUACCAACAGCAAGCCCUUCUCCGUGCAACUGGCGUGGCCAGACAGGCGCAUCUCGAGGCGCGGCAACUGCGACGUGUUGGAUCCGAGGGCGUUCCUACAGAUCACGACACCCGAAGGCAUGAGCCUUAGGAGCAGUCAUUCCGACCCAAUGCGCCGAGCUCUGGAGAUGUCAAAUGUACGUGUCGAUCUCCCUGGGUCUAUGGGACCAUACUUCGCAGACAUCGAGAUCCACUUUCCGCAAGGAGAAUGGGUGGACGAAGUGGUGUUGAACGCGUAUGCGAGCGAGGAGAUGAAGAUUGUGGACGCGGCGAGCUGGCCAGAUGACGUGAAGUGGGUGGAGUUGGGAGGGUUUGAAAAUCGAAAGGUGAAUGGUAUCUACGAAGAGCGGCACAGCUUUGAAUUCCUUGCUCAAGCGAGGGAGACGUAUUGGCACAGGGACUACUGGCUUAUGAUGCCUGUAUAUGUGGACAGCACUUUUCUCUAUUGGUGUGAGGCUGAUCGCCGCUGGCAGGUCGCCGAAGCAGGUCAGCUGGAGGAAGUGCGACAGGGAGGCUGCCCAGCCCUUGCAAAAGCCCUGCCCGGGGACGACGUGCUGUCACCAGACUUGCCCAAGAACUUCCAAGUGCCUGUGGAUAAGCUGUGGAUGAAGGUCACGUCUGCUGGAGUUGUGCGCAACAGCAAUUCUCAAUUCACGGCCAACAGCCUCAUAGAGGAGCGCGCUGCGGGGUCGUGUAGAGAGGUCCUCGAUCGAAUGCAAACAUUGAACAAUGCAGAUGACAUCGCAGCCAAGCGCUUUGACGAGCUCUUCCCACCUGACUAUUCAUCCAUUGCCAAGCCGGGUGAGAGGUGCGGAGACAAGGCUCGACAGCAGGAUGAAGACUGCAGAAAGAUGAGCGAGUGGGCUGCACUUUCAGACAUCGUGGCGUUUGCUGCGGCCGCAUAG